UCUCCCUAGGCUAGAAAUCGUGAAGCAUGGGUGACUGGAGUUUUCUGGGGCGGCUGUUGGAGAAUGCGCAGGAACACUCAACGGUGAUCGGCAAGGUCUGGCUGACUGUCCUCUUCAUCUUUAGGAUCCUGGUGCUGGGGGCCGCUGCUGAGGAGGUGUGGGGGGACGAGCAGUCGGACUUCACCUGCAACACGCAGCAGCCCGGUUGCGAGAACGUGUGCUACGACGAGGCCUUCCCCAUCUCACACAUCCGCUUCUGGGUGCUACAAAUCAUCUUCGUGUCCACGCCCACUCUCAUAUACCUGGGCCAUGUACUGCACAUUGUUCGUAUGGAGGAGAAGCGGAAAGAGAAGGAGGAGGAACUGCGAAAGGCCACUAGACUCCAGGAGGAGAAAGAACUCCUUUACAGAAACGGAGGGGGAGGGGGGGCGAGAGGAGGGGGUGGCAGACCUGUGAAAAAGGAGAAGCCACCAAUCAGAGACGAGCACGGGAAAAUCCGUAUUAGGGGUGCGCUGUUACGCACCUAUGUGUUCAACAUCAUAUUUAAAACCCUUUUUGAGGUGGGGUUUAUUUUAGGUCAGUAUUUCCUCUAUGGCUUUCAGCUGACGCCCCUGUAUAAGUGUGCGCGGUGGCCUUGCCCCAACAUCGUGGACUGCUUCAUCUCCAGACCCACAGAAAAGACCAUCUUCAUCAUAUUUAUGCUUGUGGUGGCUUGCGUGUCUCUUUUGCUGAAUUUGUUAGAGAUUUAUCACCUUGGAUGGAAAAAAGUCAAGCAAGGCAUGAUUACGAAUUACGACCACGAGUUACUACCACUCAGGGAGGGUGCUGGGCCCGAGCCUGUGAGCUCUGGUCCCAGGACUGCUCCUCCCACCCUUAGCUACCCGCCGACCUACACAGACGUGACGUCAGGCAACUCGGCCUUCUUGCAGCCUGCGGUGGCGCCACCCUCGGCCGACUUCGCUAUGGAUCCGCUCCACGAGGAGCUGCGCGAGCCCUCGCCUUUCUACAUCAGCAACAACAACAACCACAGGCUGGCCGCUGAGCAGAACUGGGCCAACUUGGCCACCGAGCAGCAGACUCGGGAGAUGAAGGCCACCUCCCCUUCCCCCUCCUCCUCCGCCUCCGCCUCCUCGUCCUCCUCCUCCUCCUCCUCCUCUUCUGCUGACCACGAGCGGCAGCCCAAAGAGGCGGCCCUGCCCACCACCAGCCCCAGCUCGAGCGGCGGCGGCAGCUUGAGUGACGGCAAGAGUGAGCCGGAAGAAGGCCACGUCACCACCAUGGUGGAGAUGCACGAGCCGCCCCUCACGUUCACAGACCCGCGCCGGCUCAGCAGAGCCAGCAAGACCAGCAGUGUUAGAGCCAGGCCCAACGACCUGGCAGUUUAGUCGCCCCAAUUAUAAAACAAAAACCCCCCGCCCCCGCCCCACUGCCCCCAGAUUUUUUAUAUAUAAACAAAAUGCCAAAAAAAUAUUAUUUAACAAGGAAAGAGGAAAUGAGAGGCAGGUUGCUGGAACUAAAGAGAUCUUGACAACAAUUCCAUAUAUCCUCUGGUGAGUUGUAGAGUAACUUGAAUGAGUUUGGUGUCUCAUGUGAUGAUUUUGUAAACACCGGUGAGUUUGUAAUGAGGGUACUGACUGUGACUGUUAGACAGGUUGAACAUAUUACACAGGGUAACGGGAUACAUGUCUUGAUGUCUACAUCUAGUAUUUUUUUUCCUUUUUUUUUUUUUAAAGAGAAAAUUUCUCUAGUUGGGGUCAUGUGAUACAUUCUGGAAAUGUGAAUUUCUGUGGUGUGCAUGUCUUAAUCAGGUUAUUUAAAUAAUUUAUUGAACACUGGAUUGUCGUGACCUGGUGUAACUGGGACAAACUGUUAUGUCUUGAUGUUUGGUUAAGGAAAUACAGAGGUUACACUAGUCAUUAGACUGUGAUAUGAAAAUUGUGGAGAGGAAAUUAUAAUGUGAUUGCAAAGGCAUCGAGAUCUACAAUUGCUUACAUGCUGCAGUAUUGGGAUUUGUCACUGUUCGUCUUUUUCUGUGCUGUUGAUGCAGUCCCAUAAACUGUAUCAGUCCAUAUUUCAUGGUACAAAAUCAGAAUCUGUAAACCUGGAAUACACGUUUGAUGUUUGCAGUGUAUCAGAAAAAAAUACAAAUCUAAUGAGAGAAACUAAAUUCAGCAAUGACAUGCUUUUUUCUUUGGUAGUAACCAUAACUCCAAUUUGUUGACAUGAAUCUGAAUCUCCAAGAAUUAGCUUGAAAAAAUUUUUUGUGAUGCAUUUCCUGUCCUAGCUAUCUCUAUCUACCCUGUAUCAUCUUCAUCUGUGAACUGCCAUUAACGUCAUCAUUACGUUCUAAGAACACAAACUGACCUAUGAGACUAGGCUACAACUCACCACCGGCUUGCAGACAGUGCCACUGUCCAAGCGAACUCCCUUACAAACUAACAAAAAACAAAAUAGGCUUAAAAAAAAACACUGGCUGCUGAAUAAAUGCUUUACCUGCACUUUUCAUUGUCUAAAGAAAGGAUAUUUACUAUGUUACAAUGUUUGAGAUGGUAAUUGGUGUAAUUUUUUGCCAUUCAAAUGCAUAAAGUCCUGAGAGUGACGCUGACAAUGAAAGCAGUAAGGCAUGUAUUUAAGCAUGGACAGGUUUUGUGAACUCCUCUGCGACCCACACAGUGACCCAUGCAGACCUCCAGUGUCUACUCUAUGUCAAGGUCAAAAGUUUAAGUUAGGCUUGGAGACCACCCCACACUGUUUUUACAUGUCAACUACACUAAGGUCACCUUUAGUACUGUCACAGUCGUGCCCACUGGGUACUGUGAUUCCAGUUCCUGCCUCUGCAUUUUGCUCUGCUGGUUAAAAGAUUAAUUUAUCACAAAAUAAAAACAAAUAGAACAAGUACAUCUACUUUCAUGAAUAAUUACAUCAUCUUUUAAUUUCUGUUGAGGAAAUUUACAGUUGAUGUAUGACAGAACUAUUAGUAUAAACAUCUUAACAAA